GCAAAAACACAAAGACAAUAAAGAGAGUAAUUAAGAGAGAUUAUACGAAGAGGAAAGAACACAAUUCUUCUUCUUCAUUAACAUCUCUUUUUGCUCUCCUUCAAUCCAACUAUCUUCUUAUCAUCAUCAUAAUGGAAAUGAAGAAGGUUGCUUGCGCCGCCGUCGUGUUCGCUGCCGCCUCAAUGAGCGCAGCGUUGGCUCAGGACGCCGCCGCCGCCCCUGCCCCCGGCGUCGCCGCUUUUGGCCCCGCCGCUGCCGCCGGACCCACCGCCGCUGCUGGUGCACCCACAAGCGGGGCCGCUGGUGUCUUGCCGGCUCUUGGGUCUUUGGUCGGUGCCUCCGUCGUGUCCUUCGUUGCCUUCUACUUGCAAUAAAUUCUCAACCCCGAUGGAAGAGAAAGAUUAACGGAAGAGCUAAUUGUUCAUGCAUUGUUAUGAACGCACAUUUGAUUAAUGAAAACUGCCUUCUGUUUGGGGUUGAUGACAAUAACAAUGUUUUUUUUUUUACCAAGCUGACAAUAACAAUGUGGUGCUUGAAUUUCUUUUCUUUUGAUCUUAUUGAACUACGGUUUUCCAGGCGAGAAAACUUGCGUUGAAACGAAUUGAAUGCACCUUGAUUUUUUUUUAUAACGAUUAAAUUAACAUGGUCCACACCUCUUCAAACAAAGUUCGAACGAGGGUGUUCGAUGUUUACACGACUCACGAGACAGAUCUACAUUAAGGUACUCCUACUCCUAUGGAGCAUCUGAGAGCUACUGAUAAAAAUUGCAGAGGAAAUAUAAACUUGAUAAAACUUGACAAGUAGUGUUGAGUGGUGAUUUUUGCGACCCUCUCCUCUGUCAACUUCUCCUCCUAUCUAUAGGCUUGAGAUGAUAAUCGUCGUAGAAAAAAUGUCUGAGAGUAACUUACAAAAAGAACUGCUCCCUUCUUCCUCAGACGUGGCUGACGUGUCAUUGUACGUGGGAUAAUUGGCAGUAGCUAUGUUAACCGCUUUCCCUUUCUCUUGGAACUGAUAUCUUAUUACUUGACUCCCUUUUACCAUGGUCAUUCCAGAUCUCAAGACGAUGGUCUUCUACAUCUCGCAGCCGACAUGGGAUCUAGAUCUCGAGACGAGGCCUGCCCAGCUUGAUGCCAACGUGGUUUAGAUCUCGCGACUACGUCGGGCUAUUAGACUUGACGUCAACAUGGUCUAGAUCUCAUGACCACGUCGGGCUCUAGAUUUGACGCCAACGCGGUCUAGAUCUCGCGACCACAUCGGGCUCUAGAUUUGAUGCCAACGCGGUCUAGAUCUCGCGACCACGUCGGGCUCUAGAUUUGACGCCAACGUGGUCUAGAUCUCGCGACCACGUCGGGCUCUCCAACUCGCAACGAAACUAGCUCCUUACCGGAGACUUAGUGUUUGAGCUUAAAACUAGUAUCAUGAGACCCAGUUCAAAUAACAUUAAUUGUCAUUAAUGAUCUGGCCUUAUAAAGAUAAUAAAUGUCUUGUAAAUAAUCAAUGCGGUAUACGAUUAUUUUUUAGCUGUAAACAACUACAUAGCUCGUGUCGGGCAAUGAGACAAAAAAAGUUAGUUAAAAUAUUCAAAUUUUUCCCAUCAAUUUAUUUGAAUCCUCAACUGGUCAUCAAGGAUCAUAUAUCGAGAAAACCUUUUCUUCCUAGAGUUGAAGUGACUUACAAGGAAGUUCCUUCUCUCAUCCUGUUUUACGUGUAAGUUUCGUGUCUUUUCACUAUUUGGAACUUUCACAGAAUUGCCUUCUUAUGGCAUAAUAGAUUCUUUCAUCGGGAGUCCGAUUGCAUAUGGAAUAUCAUUAUUUGUUAUUAUGUUUUGUAAAUUUGUUGUUGGCCAUGUCUUGGGGGCUUAUCUUGGUUUAAAAAAUCAUGAAUUAAUAAGUGAUUAAUGACAUUAAGUGAUUGGUCAAUUGAAUUUAUAAUAUUAUGUGAAAACAGAAUACAUUAGUUUAUAGAUC